AGCCCCUUUCGGAAAGCAAGAGUCGAUUCGGCAUUCGGGCAUCCCUGCCGUGCCUUCACCCAGCAGCAAAGCAACCAAGGUAAACCAAACCAGAGCACCGCCGCCCGCAGCCGCAGGCAGAACCCCCCGCCCCCAAAAUUACCACCUUGGAAUCGAGCAUCCGCGCCCCAUCUAUGGCGGAUCAGGAGGCCGCCGAGCCGGGCCCGCCGUCGUGGCCCCCCUGGACCUCCCUCCUGCUCCGGGCCAUGAGCAAGCGCCGCACCUGGGCGGCGCUCUUCCUCGCCGUCUACGCCGCGCUGCUAUCCUCCUCCUGGAGCCUGCUGGCGUCCGUGCGCGCCUGGUACUACGCCGCGGCCGCGGGCUCGGCGGCGCACCCGGCCGCGUGGCCCGCCGCGCUCUACGCCUCCGUCAUGUACGGCGCCGUCUUCGGGCUGCUCUCCAUGGGCGCCGCGCUGGCCGUCGCCGCGCCCGCCAUGCUGGUCACCUGGAUCACCGUGCUCGUGCUGCUGGCGUUCGCGGGCAAGCCCCGGCGGUCGCUGGUCGCCGAGGCGCGCCGCGCCACGGCCGACAUCGCGCGGCUCGCGCUCCGCGUGCUGCUCUGCGAGGGCAACGCCGUCGCCGCCGUCUGCGCCGCCGCCAGCUUCGCCGCCCUCCUCUUCGGCCGCCGCGACGACGCCGACGCCGAGCGGCGGCUGAUCUGAAAGCUUUUCGAGUUCCUUUCACGCCCUUUUAUUUGUUUCUUCUGUUGCUAAUUUCAUUUGUAGUCUGCAUACCAACAGUUUGGGGGUUUCAUUCUUGGCAAUGGAAGUUCUUGUUUCUGUAA